GUACCCGCACGCCUGGGAGCUGCCGACACUGAUCCGUGUGAGCAUCGAGAGUGGGCGCAUGACCCACCACCACCCCACCGGGUAUCUCGGGGCGCUGGCAGUGGCCCUCUUUGGGGCUCUGGGGGCUCGGGGGGAGCCCCCAGAGCGCUGGGGGCUGAGCUGCUGCAGGUACCUGGAAUCCCGGGGCCUUCUGGAGGGUCAUGGCUCACCCCAGGUGCCGUCCCUUCCAUCACCGGCUGAGCGGGAUGCAGCGUACCUGGGAUGGGCACUGGACGGGUGGGCAGGGCGCAGUGGCCAUGACGCUCCCAUGGUGGCCCUGGAGGCCCUGCUGGCAGCUGGCGGAUGCUGGGAGGACCUCUGUGCCAGAGGGGUGCUGCAUGGCGGGGACAAUUCGACGGGGACCAUCGCUGCUGGGUGCUGGGGGCUGCGAGGGGGCUUGGAGGCCAUCCCCCCUGGGCUGCACUGCUGCCUUGAGUACCGUGGGCGGCUGCGCGAUGCUGCCCACCAGCUCCACGCGCUGGCCUGGGGGAGACGCUGA